AUGAGAAGUAGCAGCCGGACACAUCCAUGGAGCACCACAGCAUCCAGUGUGCCUAGUACUGCUACAACAGCCUAUGGCUAUGGUAUAUGUUCGUGCUCAUGUUGUUUUGGUGAAGAAUGUGUCCCUACUUAUGAAGGUAGUGUCGAAAUUCCAAGUUGUGAUGGGCAGUUUUGUAUGAUGACAUGCCAACGUCGAUUUCCAUGGACAUGUGGUAGUUCGGGUUCACAUGAAGUUGAUGCAAAAUGUACACGGGUUACACCAACGACAACCACUAGCACAAAGCCCACUACAAUAAGCCCAACGACUCGUGCCUAUGAUAUCUGUUCAUGUUCAUGUUGUAAUGGCGAAGAAUGUGUGCCGUCUUAUGAAGGCAUUGUCGAAGUUCCAAGCUGUGCCGGGCAAUAUUGUGUGAUGGCGUGUCAACAGAGAUUCCCAUGGACGUGCGGUAGUUCCGGUCCCCAUGAAGUGGACGCAAAAUGUAGAGGGAUUACAUCGACAACACCCACUGCCACACCAUUUACAACAACGUCGUCUGUGUUGACCACAACAACCUCUACCUAUGCUCUAUGUUCGUGCUUUUGUUGUACUGGUGACGGCUGCGAUCCAGUGAAUCAAGGCACCAUUCAAGUUCCAAGCUGUGCCGGGCAAUAUUGUGUGAUGGCAUGUCAGAAUAGGUUUCCAUGGACAUGUGGUAGUUCAGGGCCACAUGAAAUUGAUGCAAAAUGUAGUCGAAAUACACUGACCACAAUCACCAACACGAAACCUCCGACAACAUCUGUUAUGACCGACACAACAUCGACUGCAAGAUCUAACAUUAGGACAACCCAGUGA